AGCGUCGAUCAUGGGUCGCCCGGCGUGGCCACAAACAUCCCGGCCGACGUGCAUGCACACUGCCCCGUUUCCUGCACUGCGCAUCUAGCUUGCUUAACGUGCAUACGGCGAGAGCCCGCAGCUGCAGGUUUAGUCGGGUCUAAGCUGACCUUACCGGAGGCACCGCGUUCGCACGCGUGGAUAGGCGGAUGCCUGCGAGCGGGAGAUUUCGAUGCCCUCAAAAUGCUCGUCUGUACGCGAAAUCCCACUUUAGGCCAUGCAGACGGAGAUGACGGCCAAAAGGGUCUUCGAUCGCUCAUCGCGACGCGUUUGCGAAGUAGCCAAAAGCAUAAACUGCAGCAAUGAUGCGGUUGUGCGCGGUCCUGACCAUGGCAGCUGAGCAGGUGCUCGCCGCCGGUGCCUACGAAACGCCCUCAAGAACCUGCUCAGCGCCCGCAAGCCCGGGCAAACUGCGAGUAGAGGGCACAGCCGGCAGCAGCCAGGCGCCGCUACACGCGAUUUGCGCGAGGGAGGUGCCUGUACUGUGGGCUAUAGCUGUGCGAUUCUGCGCUUACUGCUGGGCCUCGAGCGUCGGCGUCGUGCGAUGGAUGGCGCGUUUUCCAGAAGCUUACCUCCAGCGUCCAAAGGGGGCGCGCACCACAGCGGCUUUGCUACCCUUUUGAGCGAUACGGGCCAGGGCAGCAUGACGGAGACCGGCCGGCUGCUCGUGGUGUCUCGAGGGGCUUG